CUCGUCAUUCGGGGACAUUCGUGAUUUUUCGGGUGGGUUCAUUUCAAGUCGAACAGUUCCGAACAGGUUCUGAACUUCUGAGGAACUUUGAAAGGUAGUUUAUGAACUGUGGGCAUGUUCAACUAGGCCUGUCAUUGAUGUUUAGUCUCUCAAACUUGAAAAUGUGGACCUGUGUGUGUUUUUUUGAAAUACCAUUGUAAAGGGAAAGAAUAGUACCUGAAGUUUCAGAAUUUGAUUGAGUGUGAAUAAAGUUUGUGAUUUCUGUUUAUUGUUGAAGUUUGUAAACUAAACAUGCCUUGCUGGUAUUAUGAAAAAAAAGAUUUGAGAAAUACUCCUUCAAUCCAAGAUGGAAUUGAUUAUGAAACUGAGCAAAGGUAUAGGAAAGAAGGUGCCAGAUUCAUUAUAAACACUGGGUCAAAAAUGGAUCUUGGUUAUAGUACUAUGGCUACUGGUGUGGUUUAUUUCCAUCGAUUUUAUAUGUUUCAUUCAUUUCGACAGUUUCCACGUUAUGUAACAGCAUGUUGUUGUUUGUUUUUGGCUGGAAAGGUGGAAGAAACUCCAAAAAAAUGUAAAGAUAUUAUAAAAAUUGCAAGAAGUUUGUUAUCUGAUCAAAAGUUUCAAACAUUUGGGGCUGAUCCAAAAGAAGAAGUUAUGACUCUGGAAAGAAUAUUAUUGCAAACUAUAAAAUUUGAUUUGCAAGUAGAACACCCUUAUAAUUAUCUUGUCAAGUAUGCUAAAUGUUUAAAAGGAGAUAAGAAUAAGCUGCAGAAGAUGCUGCAAAUGGCGUGGACCUUUGUCAACGACAGCCUCUGCACUACCUUGAGCUUGCAGUGGGAACCUGAGGUGAUUGCUGUGGCACUCAUGUAUUUGUCUGGGAAGCUGAGCAAAUUUGAAGUGGUGGACUGGUCUGGUCGAACCCCAGAGCACCUGCGUUGGUGGGACAUGUUUUUAGAAGAUGUGUCCAUGGACCUCCUGGAAGACAUUUGUCAUCAAGUGCUUGACCUCUACUCACAACCACAGUCGGCAAAUGUUCCCGACUCCCCUCCAUUGCAGCCACGAUCACCUGGGGCUAAGAAGCCUCACUUAGAGACGCCAGUGUCACCAGGCGUGCUUCAUCACUCACCAGUGCCAUCUGGUACGCUUGCUUGGCGCUAAUUGCACAAAGGUUCUGUUCCUUGCUCUUUCCCAUCCUUUCAGAUGUCAGGCAUUUGCUAUUUAUAUUUUAAAGAUGUCUUACUUUCUUACCACUCAUAAUGUCUUUUGUCAGUGUUAUUCCAAUUUUUGCUUAACUUUAUUGGUCCAUGUACUUUAUAAGAACACACGUUACUUGCUUUGUAAGUAAUGUGAUCUAUACAGUAUAACCAUGGUAUUGCAUUGAAUAAAUGAGAUGCCAAUGCAGUUCUCCUGUGUUAGUCAGCUCCCAUUUUUUUCCCGAGCCCACGUUGAGCAGGCAACUUGGUGCUAUCUGUGCAGCGAUUCCUGUGAAAGUGAGCAAGACUGAGCCCAAGCCAGUGCUUCCAACUGCAGUCAGCAGUGAGGGUCUUGCUGGAGACAAACUCAAGAACGAAGACGCUGCAUUCCAGUACGGUGCCUCUUAUGGUCACAGCGGUCCACCUCUGCCAGGCACCUUCCCCUAUGCUACAACAGUACCAGGGGCCAGUGUACCUCCAGCAAAUGUGCCUACGGCAACUGCUCCACCAAUUGCAUCAGCUGUGCAAUCAGCUUCUUAUCCUUCAUACCCACUUCCGUUUCCACCGACUGGUCAUCCUCCCAACCACCCUCCAGGGCAUUUCUAUGCUGGUGGAUCAAGUGCACGGCCAUACUACCCCCCUUCAGCAUCCAGUUAGCACACUUUUCACACAGACAGAGUUUUUUCACAAAUCAACAUUUAUUUUGCUAAGUAAUUAAAGGCACUUGUUAGAGACAAUACUGCUAUUGUAUUAUAAAACAGAGCGACAGUUAUUGUAUAGAGUUCUUUGUACAUCAUUUAUAAGUAAAAUAUACUAUUCUAAUUGGGCAGUUCUGUUUCAAUCAGCUUCAUUUUGUACUUUUUUUUCCCAGACUUCCUACAGCUAAAUAUUGUUUCCUAGGGGAGCAGUCUUCCAUAUACACGAUAUAGCUUAGAAGAACAGGGCAGAGGGGCUAGAAUAGUGCAGAUUGUUCUCAGAAUGCAACUUAGUCUGCAGUCUUAGAAUGCAUAUGUAGGUUUCUGUUUUUGUACAGAAAAUCUGUUG